AUGGCUAUGGCUGCAUUCAACAAGUCUCUCCUAGACGAAGUUACUGAGGAUUUCCUCAGCUGUUCCAUCUGUUUGGAGAUCUACAAGAAUCCUAAAGUUCUACCAUGUCUUCAUACAUACUGUCAGCAAUGUUUGGUAACUUUUAAGGUGAAAUCUGGGGGUGUUUUGAAGUGUGCAACAUGUAGAAUUCAGUGUGACUCACCCAUCGAGGAACUGAAGUCUAAUUUCUUUUUAACAAGCCUACUUGACACAUUCCAGAGACAGAGGCAGCUGAGUACUGACCAUCCACCAGUGUGUGAAACAUGUCAGAGAGACAGCAACUCACAGUGUGUAGAUUGUCCUCUGUUUGCUGUGAUGUAUGUGUUACUAUCCAUGACCGCAUUCCAGCCCCUCCGUUCUCAUGAAGUGCUACAAUUGACAAGUACAGAGGAGAUACAAUCUAGGGGUCAUCUAAAGGUACAGUCCAAAGUUUUCUGCAGUGUACAUAAAGAAAGCCAGCUGAAAUUUUACUGUGACACUUGUCAAGUACCUGUAUGUGUUGAGUGCACCAUAGUUGAACACAGAGUUCCUGAACACGUACAUAGAAACUUACAGGAGGUAGCAGAUGAGUAUAAAACACAACUGAAGGAAAUGUUAGGACAGUUAAAAGUGAAAGAGAAGCAAGUGAAAGAAGAAAAAGCAGCAGCUGAAUUUACAAGAGAAGAAAUCAGAAACCAGUGUGAGGCAGAGAAAGAGAAAGUUAAGAGAAGGGCAAAGGAAGUGAUAGAGAGAGUGAAGAGAGAAGAAAAGAUGCUGAUAGAUACCUUGGAUGAAAGUGCUAGGAUCGAACUGAAAGAUGCAGCAAUGAACAUUGAUGAGAGAGAAUUUCACCAUAUCGACAUAGUCAGCACACAUCAUUAUCUAGAAACACUGGUGCAUCAUGGGAAUGCUGUACAUCUACUAUCUACCAAGCCAGAAACUACAAAGCGCAUAAAAGAGAUGGUUGCUAUGGAAACAAUACCACCAAUCAGUCAUGAUAUCAUUGAGUUCCAGUCCAGUAGUGACUUUGCUGCACAUGCAUUGAUAGGAGGGAUCAAAUCUGAUGUCUGUCCAUCCAAAUGUACAGUUGAAAACAUUCCAGAACAACUUGUGAAAGGUGUACCUGUCAAACUGCUCAUCACAACCAGAGAUUCCAAAGGAAAACAAAUCAUUCCCCGACAAGCUGUCCUGGUGAGUGCCCCUGGUGCAUCAUGGAAAAACAUUAUAGACAAUAAAAAUGGGACUUUUCAUGUGAUGAUAACAGGAAAAAUGGAAGGAAAACAGCAAGUUGCCAUGAUGAUUGGUAACCAACAUAUACCAGGAUCACCAUUCCAUAUUCCAGUUAUCACACGAUUAGUACAGACAGUGGGAAACGCAGGAAGUGGGAAUAACCAUAAAUAA